CUUACCAGUCAUGUAUUUUCUGGGAGUCCCUCCUCUGACAUCAGCAGUGAUUUGGACUGUGAGGAAAGUCUUGGGUUUCCAAACCCCAGUCAAAUCUGCUACAUGAACUCCAUCCUCCAGAGUGUGCUCACUCUGACAGAGUUCACCAGAGACAUCAGGGUUCUAAAAGACAUGUGGGAGUUGGAUCCCGAAGCUGAAUUUCUCAGUGCAUUCAUGAACAUAGUGAGGUGUCACCGCUCCCCUAAUAAUGGAAACAAACUCAAGGCCCUCUUUGCCUUCAAAAUGGAAGUGGGCAAGAGGUAUGCAGAGUUCUUGGACAUGGGGCAGAAGGAUGCUCAUGAAUUUCUGACGUCCUUUCUGGAUCACAUCCGAAGUUUAUGCCCCGUGAUUACAGGACUGCCCGGUAUGGCAGACAUCUACGUAUGCCCCAUCCAGAAGCACCUGAUGUUCAAGAUGAAGAGCACCCGGGCGUGCAUGRAAUGUGGACAGAGAUCUAUGAAUGAGGAAGUCUUCAACAACCUGUCUCUGAACCUGGUACCUCAAGAAUCAGUUAAAGAGAUGCUUGAUAAUUACCUGCUGAAGACAGAGUUGGAAUGCAAUUGUGUCUGUGGUGGCACAAACUCCACCCAGUGCUACAGCUUUGAUACCCUGCCCAGAAUUUUGAUCCUGCACGUGAAGCGUUUUUGCUUCACUCCGCUUUUUACCCCGAAGAAACUUCACGACCCGAUCAAUAUUUCCAGGGAGCUGACUAUCUCGUCCACCCAGGAUCAGGGCUGGUACAGUCUAGUGAGUGUCAUCAGCCACCUUGGAGCCAAUGCAAACUCAGGACACUACAUUAGUGCAGGGGUCAAGCGUGAUGCAGCUGAAGAUGAUCCCACUGACCAAUGGGUCAUUUACGAUGACAAUACUGUCACACGUACAACUGGGCAGUCCAUGUGUAAGCAUUUUAAAAAAAAUGCUUACAUCCUUUUCUACAAAAGACACGGCCUGAUGUAAAUGGUGUUCUUUCUUUUGAUCACAUUGAAACCAUCAGCCUGAGCGACUGCAGUAUUGAAAAGUUCAGUGUGUAGGACUCAUAAAAACUCACAAGAAAAGCUUGAUGAGUUUUUGUUGAUAUUGUUUUUCAUCCACAAACCAGAAGAUUGGUAGCUCGAAUCCCAGCCCAUUGUAUGGUGUAUCUUCUAAUAAAUUUCGGACUAAGUCAGUAUGAUGACUUACUUUCUCUCUGUCUCUAAAAAUAUAUUAAUAACUCAA